UUAUCUAUUUGUAGUUGGUCAAGAAAACGUGUUACUGAAGUUAUGUUACGGAAGUUAAAAGCAAUUAGGAAAGUUUUUUUUUUUUUGAUGGAAGCAAUUAGGAAAGUCUAUUAAUUCCUAGUAACUCUUAGUUUCCUAAUUACACUUUUUUUGUACGAUAAAUAUAGGAUCAUCAAUAAGACAAUAACAUCAAUCUCAAGCUUUUUGGAAUAACAAAUAGAUUUCUCAAAAAAAAAAAGUCAUCUUCAAACUUCAAUCAUGGGUUCGAAUUCACGAGUAAACGACAUUGAUGAUAUUGAGGUUGUCGAGAGAGACCCGACAGGACGUUACGUAAGGUACGAUGAGAUCUUAGGAGAAGAAGGUGCCAUUAAAACAGUUUACAAAGGGUUUGAUGAAGUUAACGGUAUAGAAAUUGCUUGGACUAAAAUCGAGAUAUCAGAAAAAAUAUUAAAGUUACAAGAACAGUUUCAGAGUGUGUGUUCAGAAGUCGAUCGUUUGAAAUCUUUGAAGCAUGAAAACAUCAUGAGGUAUUAUCAUUCAUGGGUCGAUAACGACGACGAGAAGAAGAUGACCGUUAAUAUAGUUACUGAACUCUCAACCUCUGGGAAUAUGAGUCAGUACCGCAAGAAACACAAUCUUAUUGAUAAAAAGGCGAUCAAGAAUUGGGCUAGACAGAUUUUAAAAGGGCUUCAUUAUCUUCAUUCUCAUAAUCCUCCAAUUAUUCAUCGAGGUCUCAACUGUGAUAGCAUCUUUGUUAAUGGGUAUUCGGGUAAGGUUAAAAUUGGAGAUCUUGGACUUUCGACGAUGCUUCAACAAGUCGAAACGGGUCGGGCUGUUGGUGAAUCACCCGCAUUCAUGGCACCGGAGCUUUUUGGUGAAGAUCAUAAUCAGUUGGUGGAUAUUUAUUCUUUUGGGAUGUGUUUGUUGCAGAUGGUUACCCGGGUUUUACCGUAUAGUGAAUGCAGUAACCAGGGUCAGAUUUAUGAGAAGGUUGUGUCGGGUAUUAAGCCUGAUGUUCUUAGCAAAGUAACCGACCCGGUUGUGAAGGAGUUCAUUGAGAAGUGUUUGGGUCCUGCUUCAACAAGACCCUCAGCAAUGGAACUCUUGAAUGACCCGUUUCUUGCACCGAGUGAUUCUGGAUCGUCUCCAAGAUCUGAAUGUGUGAGUUCAUUGCUUUCUAGAACAUCUAGUCAUGUGGCUAGCUCACCUACACCUGCUGCUUCUGAGGAAUCAUUAAAGGGGAUGAUUAUUGAAAAUAAGUUCAAGUUACAAGGGAAGAUGGAGGAUAGUGAGUCAAUAUCCAUGAACUUACGGAUUAAUGGUAAAAGGAUUAAAUUUAUGUACUUUGUUAAAACAGAUACAAGUGAGUCUGUUGUAGAAGAGAUGGUGGAUAAACUCGAGUUGACAGCAGAAGAUGCAGAAGUUAUUACAGUGCUAAUUGAAGACUUGGUUAGGGAACUUGUACCUGUUGUUAGUAAUAGUUGCAGUCUUGCAGACUCAGAAAAUUCUGACAAGAUAUCUUCAUCAUAUUCACCAUGGACUGAUGUCAGUUCACAACACAGUAUGACUGCAGAAUCUGUCAGUGUUAAAAACCAGGAUACCAAACUAGUAUACUCAAAUGGUGGAAUUAAUCAUACAAGUAUGAAUGGCUUUUCUUCUUCAACACAGCAAGAGAAGCAAGUUACAGAAGAUAUUAGAAGAGGUGACAGAAAAUGCAGUGUAAAGGUAGCAAAGGUACCAUCUAGGUCCUUGAGAAAGCUGUUGUGUUUUUGUGGGAACAGAUUCUAGUUCUGUUUGAAACUUCAAUGUACGUUGUAGAAAUUCUUGUUAGUUACAAGAACAACAGUUUUGUACAAAAUUUCCAGCAAUAUAAUUCGAAAUUUAUACAAA